UUUUGCCUGCUUAACACUUUUUGUCAGGGGCCAGCCUUUGCAUGAUCUCUGAGAGAGAAGAGCCCAGAGUUUUGAGGAGAGGAUUCUAUGAUGUCAGCAUCUGACCUUUGUGACAUAGGCAUUUGAUACCAGGCAGAACUAUCCCUAGGGAAUGGGGCCUCUAGCUCCCAUUGGGGGCGGCAACGCCGCCCCUUAGACAAAGUCCCAGUCUCCCAGAGGCUUUUACCAGCUGGCCCCAGUGCUGCUGCUGCUGGGCGUGGUAAGCCAUCUCAGCCAGGGCCAGGCUGAGCUAAAGGACAUCAGCAUUAGCAGCGACCAGCGGUCAGGAGAACCAGAUUGUCAGGAAACCAGGAUGCUUACAGAAUCUCUGAGUCAGGAUUAGGAGGACAAAACCCUGUAACCAGAAGACCUCUGCCUGGCUGAAGGAGGACUGAGGGCAACAUUCAGACAGAAUUCUGGGUCCCCUCUUUGCUGAAGUGUCUUGUGAAACAGCCCAGAGGAAUCCUCAUUGAUCCUAUGAGCUGUGUCUUCCUCUGCUCCAUCCAGAGAGUCACCGCUGCCCCUCAGUUCCCAAAAGGCAGCUCUGAUUUCUCAUUCCCAUACAUCCCUCGUCAAUGGCUGACUGCAAAGAAGUGAGAAGCCAAGCUUAAACCUAGGCUCCCCGCUGAGCACCUCGAGACCCGGUGCCAGAGAGCUCAGUGUCUCCUCCUGCUGCCAAUGCCCACAGCAACAUCAGGCUGGAGCCACACUGCACACAGAAGGCUUCCUUGAUUCUCAGCCACAACUAGCCUCAGAGACCCUUGUCCUGAUUCUGCUAGGUCUCUGUCCUUGGUCUCGUGGCCCCAGUCCCUGUUGGAUUCAAGGCAAUGUUGCCUCAAAAUAAGGACCGGGUGCUGCUACAGAACGCAGUGCCCCCUGGGCGCCCCCCGCAGGGCCUUUCUCAACUUGUGGACUCCUCUACCCGAAACCUACAGCCUCUCUCUCCCUACCCACCUUUCUCCUCUUCCACACAGUCCUAUUUCCCUUUCUCCCCUUCUCCACUGUCCCCUAGUCCUGGCCUCCAUUCCUACUCUUCUGAGUCAAAUUCUGACUUUGCUCCACACCCCUACUCCUCUCCCCUCCCAAGUUCCCCCACUUUCUUUCACCAGAGCUACGGCACUAUUGCCUUUCCACAGUCCUCCUCCCCCUCCAACCAACAGCUCUACCCAUCUCCUCCUCUGACCCGCUCCUCCUCUCCUUCCCAGCCACACAACUCUCCCCGCUCCGGUUAUCAGACUCCUUCCUGCCAGCAAGACCUACCUAGCUCCACGCUCACUUCCCCCAGCCUACCUUCUCCAGGGGUCCGCUCUAACAAGCAGACAUGGCACUGGCCUCAGUACAGGGAAACCAAGUCCCCUGGGGUGGUGGGAGGAUGUGUGGCAAGCGAGAAAGACCCUGCAGAGUUCAGGGACCCAGGGGCCCUGGCCCAGGCCCUGGUGGUCCACCUGGGGCACCGCCGCAUCGCCCACGACCUUCGGCUUCUGCUUCUGCAGCACCUGUGGCUAGGCAAAACAGGCCAGGCCCCAGUUGUGGAGUAUCCCGUAUGCCUGGUGUGCCUGCGACUCCGCGGUCCCUCUUGCCCCAAAACCAAGUACAGGACUGGACCCCGGCUGCUUGCAUUCCCCCAGCUACUGCCCUGUGCACAGGGCCAGGAAUCUGGGCCACUCCGCAUAGGCAUCGGCUUUGGCCUCCGCCUGCCUCAGGGCCAGGCCAGGGCUUUGCAUCUGUUGCCAGAAAAAAGGCGGGAAGAAGUAGGGCUUCAGGGCAAGGCCACUCAGGCUCCUCCGCAUCAAGCACCAGUAGCCCAGACCCCAGCAGCUCAGCGGCUCAGAGCCCCAGCGGCUCAGAAUCAGGCAAAUUCAGUCCCAGGCACACCCUCGCAGGCCGGGAGCCACAGGUCUGCAGGCCUCCCAUCUCCAAGAUCCACCCGGUGUUCGGGGCCUCCACCUCAGGCACCAAAACAGGCCACCGCUUCCCUGAAGCCCAAGCUGCCUCCUGCCCCAAAGAGGCCUUCCUCUCCAGAGCCUGUUCUCCAAAAGUCACAAUCCUAGUUCCAGAACUGCAGAGGCUCCCUGGAGCACCCCCUCAAACCCCCACCCUCCCCACCAGGCCCCAGAUCUCGGGGAGCCCCCGAGACACCCUGAAGGGCUGGUUGACUGGAGGUCAGGUCUGUUCUCCUGCCCUGAACCCUGGAAACCCCUUAUGGAGUUUGCUGUCUCCUGGCUGAAGAGGACCCAAGGCACCUAAAGCCCCAUUCAGCCUUCAGUGUAUCCAAUAAAGCCUGACCCUGAGAAACUUAUAUUUGUGUCCUGAGCUCAAAGAAAGGGGUGCCAGUUCCCUACAAGGCCAGGGUAGGAAGCAGGGAUGUCAAAAGAAAUAGAAGGGCCAAGGACAACGGGUGUCCUAUCCCAGGUGGGGAAGGGACCCAAAAGUCCCUAGGUCCUGAGAUGCACAAAGGCUAGGUCAGGCCCUUCACACUUUUAAUUCAACUCUGAGCUCAAAGAAUGGGUGGCUGCAGCUACAGGGGUGCCAGUUCCCUACAAGACUAGGGUAGGAAGCAGGGAUGUCAAAAGAAAUAGAAGGGCCAAGGACAACGGGUGUCCUAUCCCAGGUGGGGAAGGGACCCAAAAGUCCCUAGGUCCUGAGAUGCACAAGGGUUCGGUCAGGCCCUUCACACUUUUAAUUCAACUCUGUGGAACCAGACACUGGUAUCCUCACAGAUGAAGUCACCAAGCCCAUUCCACUUGGGGCUCUGAGAUGAGGAUGCAACUGCCCAUUUCUCUUGGCCGGGAAGGGCAUUCCUAAAGUUCAUUCGCAGGGGAGCACAGGGAUCCUGACAUAGAAGAAAAAACGAAGGCACUCUCAGAAGGGUGGGGUGUCAGGCAAGGAAGACACCUUCCAGGGAACCAAGCUGUCCCCAAGUUUGUUAGGGUACACCUUCACUGCAGAAGUGCAAAUGAGAAGCCCAGAGAAAGGGAAUCGAAGACUCUGCCAACCAUAGGACAAGGUAAGGAUGGAGAACAGUUUCCACACAUUAGGAGGUAAGUGAAUCUGGGAUUUGAAGCCAGGUUCGUUUCAAGUCCAUGUCGCCUCAAAUAAGAGGCAAGAGCCGCAAGCGGUCUCCAGCCAGUGCGCUUGGACUAAUCACGUCCUCCCUGGUGUAAUAGAUAAAAGCUGCAUGUAUGAGUCGGUGGAUCACUCCUCAGGUAAAGAGUCGUAAUUCUAGGAUUUGUUUAUUAAAGGCUUAUUGACCCUCGGUAGCCUCUUCCAGGCCCGCCUCCGCUGCUUCCCGCGCCCAGCACAAAGAUGGCGGGU